CGCGGCGCAAAGUCCGCGCGACAAACUGAACACGAGGCGUUGCGAGCGCACAGCGGAUACAAAGUGGAAGCGUUCCAGGAAAACAGAGAAAACGUGGAUUUUAUCGAGAAGAAACCCAUCAUAUUAAAUCUUUACGAGCUGGGCGACCAUCCAGAGCAGGUGUCAUAACGCGUCGUUGUCAUCUGCUAACAAUUUGAGCGCUGUUGCAUGGUGGUCGACCAAAGGCUUCGUUGUUUUAUUUCUCAUUUAACAAGCGUGUUUCAGUCCCGCGUCCCGGUCAACUGUGGAUAUUCAUGCUUUGUUCACGGAGUCGUAAUCCAAGCGGAAAUUGCAACUUAGUUUUGCGCGUCGCGUGCUUUGAAGUAGGUUGUAGCAAGCUAUUGUUAAUUUUGUGAGCACCACGUGAGGGGGGAUGCAACGAGCAUUAAGCGGGCACACCCGCGGGAUAUGAUACCUGACCCACUCAGAAGCUCAGACCAGAGCAUCGGACACUGACUUUUGGUACGACUUGAGAGUCCUCUCUACUUUAAACAGCGUUUACAAUGUACUUUUGACACAGGACCCGUGCAUUUCUGCAGAAAGUACACAAGAGCAACUUUAGUUGUUUUUUUAUGUUAUUUAAAUUACAUGCAUUUUGUUUUUGGUACACUUUUUAAUAGAAUUGAUUGUGCAUCAUCGAAGCGCACCAAAUAAUGUGCAAAACUAAAUUGCAUUGAAUGCAUUUUACGCGCUCGCUAAUUAAACCAAAUAACAGUUUUAAUUCAAGCAUCUUUGGGUAUAUGUUUGAAGAGAAGAGGACAAAGCACUAGAUUCAGCAUCACACAGGCAGUCUGAUCCUGGUGAGCAUGGCGGUAUUAUGGGUUGACCCGAUGGCGUUACUGUGGAGACGGACUCUUAUUUAUUGUAUUCUGAUGAUUUACAUCACGGAUGUGCGCACCUUAGGAGACGAAUCCUUCAAUGGAGAGUCCUGGCUGCGAAUGUACGGUUACCUCCCUCAGGCCAGCAGGCAGAUGUCUACCAUGCGCUCGGCUCAAAUCCUGUCUAACUCCAUCAGCGACAUGCAGCGCUUUUAUGGGCUGGAAAUCACCGGAGAGUUAGACCCAGCCACCAUCGAGGCCAUGAAAAGACCCCGCUGUGGUGUACCAGAUAAGUUCGGGGGUCAAAUCAAAACCAACGUCCGACGGAAAAGAUACGCACUCACUGGCCACAAAUGGGACAAGACCCAAUUGACUUUUAGUAUUCAGAACUACACCCCGAAGAUCGGCGAGUACAACUCGUAUGAGGCCAUCCGAAGGGCCUUCAAGGUGUGGGAGAAGGUGACACCCCUCAAAUUCGAUGAAAUUCCUUAUUUUGAGGUCAAAUACGGCCGUCGGAAGGAACCUGACAUCAUGAUCUUCUUCGCCUCUGGUUUCCAUGGUGACAGCUCACCCUUUGAUGGAGAGGGGGGAUUCCUGGCACAUGCUUACUUCCCUGGUCCAGGGAUGGGCGGAGACACUCACUUUGACUCGGACGAGCCAUGGACGCUUGGCUCAGAAAACUUGCAGGGUAAUGAUCUGUUCCUGGUAGCGGUGCAUGAGCUGGGCCAUGCCCUUGGAUUGGAGCACUCAAAUAAUCCCAUGGCCAUCAUGGCUCCUUUUUACCAGUGGAUGGACACGGAAAACUUUGAACUUCCUGAGGACGAUCUCCGCGGGGUUCAGCAGAUUUAUGGACCCCCAAACAGUUCCCCCACUCAGGCCCUCCCCACCGUGACCCCCCGGCGACCAGCCCAGCCCGGCCCCAGGCCACCUUACACUCCAAAGAGGCCAGAAAGACCACGUGCCACCGAUCGCCCCGAUCACUAUGGUCCAAACAUCUGUGAGGGCAAUUUCGACACAGUCACCAUGCUCAGGGGAGAGAUGUUUGUGUUCAAGGGUCGCUGGUUCUGGAGAGUCAGGAGAAAUCGAGUCCUGGAUAAUUACCCAAUGCCUAUUGGACACUUCUGGAGGGGUCUGCCAGGGGACAUCGACGCCGCGUAUGAAAGACAUGAUGGUCGCUUUGUGUUUUUCAAAGGAAAUCAGUACUGGUUGUUCAGGGAAGCCAACCUGGAGCCAGGUUACCCUCAAGAACUGAUGGACUAUGGCAGAGAGAUCCCCUAUGACAAGAUCGAAACGGCCAUCUGGUGGGAACCUUCGGGAUUCACUUACUUCUUCAAAGGAGACUGGUACUGGCGCUUUAAUGAGUACUCUAGAGCCGCAGAUCAGGACUACCCUAAACCAAUCAGUGUGUGGGGCACUUCUGUACCGUCCUCUCCCAAGGGGGCCUUCCUCAGCGAUGAUGGAGCAUAUACGUACUUCUACAAGGGAUCGAAGUACUGGAAAUUUGACAACCACAGAAUGAAGAGCGAGCCGGGUUAUCCCAAAUCCAUUCUUAGAGACUUCAUGGGCUGUACCGUGGACCUCGACCCCGACAGAGACACCGAUGUGGACCCGGGACGCAAGUGGCCCGACCGGCCUCCUUUCAACCCGGAUGCGGGGCAAGAUAAAGAUAAGGAGAAGGACAAAGAGCAAGACAACACCAAUGAUGUUGACAAGAAAGAAGAAACCGAAGAGAAAACGAAUGAGGUGGAUGUGGUUCUGAAGAUAAACGAGACGGAGCGUACUAUGAACAUCAUCAUGGUGACGGUACCCCUGGUCCUGGUGCUGUGCAUCCUGGGAUUGAUCUAUGCCAUCAUUAACACACUUCAGAGGAAAGGAGCGCCUAAAUAUUUGGUGCACUGCAAACGUUCGAUGCAGGACUGGGUUUAACCUUUCACCUCUGACCUCCGAUCCAUACCCUGUCCUGCCUUUCCAUUGCAUACAAACGAAAAACUAUUUGCACAUACACACGUUUAGUUCACUCUUCUUUUUCUCAUGGUGCUCUCCUAACAUCCAUUAGUCUAUUUAUAUCAGAAAAUUUGCACAUAAUAUUUGAUUUUCUCUUGAUCCGUUUGUGGGGUUUUCUUAUUGACUUUUGUUUUAGAAGUAACAGUUAGACCUCCAGAUCUCCAAUGAGAGUAAACGAGGAACAGAUUGCAGGAGAAAUUGAAAGUCAAAAAGAGCAAUAUGGAAACCGAGACAGGAAUAUGUCUAUUUAAGUGUUCCUGUUUCCAUUUAUCUUUUCUUGGGGCUCUGAGCUGUGAUGUUCCUACUGACCGGGCAACUCAUAAUACAUCAGUAAAGAUAAUCAUAACAUGUUGAUCAUAUGUUCAAAUUGGGAUAUAUGGAUAUAUCGUAGGGUCCAAAGGUUUGAGGCUACUUAUGAAAAUCGUCUGUGUUGUGUUGAUUUUCUGAUUCAAUACAGAAUAUUUUAUUACAUUUUUGUUUCGCCGUAACAAUUUAAGUUAGGUGUCUUUAAAACUUCGUUUUGUUGUGGUUAUGCUUUAAUGGUUGGAGGCGGUCUGAACUCAACACGUUUGUGCGAAACGUGAUGAUUAUCUCAGCAUGACUUCAGAGUGAUUUUGGCAAGAUUGCUUAGAUUGAAAUGUGCAAAAUCAUGUGUAUUUAUUAUUGCUUUGCCAUAAAUUAACGUUUUUUAAAUCGUAAAACUGUUUAUCUCCAGGUUUAAUAAGAAAGGGUGGUCUCAGAGGUUUGGACCCCACUGUAUGUUCAUUUGUCAAUAAAUGUUUCGCUCAUCCAGGUUUAACGUAGAAUGUCAAGUCUAUGAGCAAUACAACAGCUGGAUGUAGUUAUCUAACCUGUAACCAAGUCCAGUCGCUUUUGACAAAAUUUGACCCAAAACAGCGUAGCUCUUUGUUUCAAAAUCGUAAAGUAGGGACUUUUCUCUGGGUUUUGCUUACCAAGUAUGACCAUAACAAAAGUCCCAUUUUAUUGGCUCUUGUUUUAACAGUACCUUGGUCUAGCCAGCCAAUUGUGUUUUAUGUGCUUUUGUCCAUAUCUAUAGAGACGCUCUGACCUCUUUCACUUUUAUUUACCGACAAUCCAAUGAUACUGUGCCGACUGUCAUUUUUUGUCAUCUGAAGAACAUAACAUUUCUAUCAUUUGCGACAAAAAGACAGCAUUCAUUGUAGGGCUUCGGUGAGGCAAUGGAGCAAUAUCUAAACGAUUUAAAUAAUAGCUUUACAUUUUUCAAUCAAAUGACUGAAUAAAUACAUAUAUAAAAAGAACUAAUAAAAACACACCGCUGCGUGCACCAAUUCAAAACUCAAUAAAAUACACUCAAGUUAGCUUCUCGGGGCCCAAUUAUGAGUAGAAAUUCUAAGACGCGGCCAGUUGUUGCCGUCAUUUUGGGAAUGUUAGAUAAUCCUCUCAUUUUAAAAACAGCAGGGGGUUAAAGCGCAUUGCCAACAUGUUCCCACCCCCAAAUCUCUCCCUAUCAGAAAUACGACUCUGCAGAAGGUGGCCAGGAGCAGGGACAACUGUGCAAGCUCAAACGCAUGGGUUAAGAUGCAGACACUUGAUCUACUAAGUCUUUGCACGAGGGCUUACUCUGUUUUAACAGGUCACUGUGGGAUUGUUUCAGUGAUGGGGCAGAUUUUAGGGGUUGGGAGAAAUAAACAGGCAACGGUUUGGAUUCACCCAUUGCUAGCCUAAGGUCUGAUGCGUACUCGAGUAUGUGUCGUUGUGUUCCAUCAUGUGUUAGACCAUCAAGUAAGUGUGCGUUGCUUUCUUGCAUAGCGUGCGUAGCUGGCACAUGCGUUUGCUGCCACACCGUCUCACGGACCACUUUGCGAAAGGCCGCGGGUUAUUUUUGGAAAGCAUUCUCUAACCAGCGGCGGAAAUGCAAUCCUCUUGUCAUUCACAUUUUUCAUUAUGUUGAUGUGAUCUACUAGGCAAAAUAGACAAACUAGGCAAGUUUCCUAACAUGGCUGUCAGGCAGGUCUGUUGUGUUUUGCAUAGUGUCUAACCCACUCCGUGUAUAUUUGGACGCAACCGAAAAAGCAUUAAGAAACAAAUCGCUGCCACUUUUUAAAAGCACCUCCAAACUAAAUUCUCGUCACGAUCAUCGAGUUUCUCUGCUCUCAGAGGACGAGAGUUAGACAAGGUGAGUGGUAUUAUAAAUAUUGGCCUGUCAGACAAAGGUAGAGCAUAAAGGCCUUUGAUAAAUAUUAUUGGUAGAGGAGAGCGAGGACGGUCAUGAUCUGAAUGCCGUCGCUUAUGAGUCCCCGCCGUGCUCCUGUUGUCCGGGUAGAUUCGGAGGAGAGUUAAUCAGACAUAAAAGCCUCCGCAGGUUGCCCGGCGCCCUCUACCAUCCCCUUCUUCUGCCCAGAUCAAUGAGGAAUACCGAAAUAGGCUUGAAGGAUCUCUGAAAAGCAGCUCAGAGCUCACUCAGGCCUCUCUUUUAUGAACGUGUUUUCCAAAUAUGCCACUUGAUAAACAGCUUCAUGGUGAUACUGUGGUAGAUGAAUAGGCAGCUUCUUAUCCUAUGUCAAACGAAGGCGAUUUACAUUAAAAAAAAAAAACGGGAGAUGUUUUUUUGGUAGGGAAACAUUAUCUGAAACCAGUGCUUUAUCAUGGUACCAACACAGUACUUUUUCCGUACGGGCACGAGUCUAGAUUUCAUGAAAGUGCAUUUCUUCUUGUUUUCUUUUUCAUGUUUGGUCAUAAUAUGACGUAAACAAGAUUGUGGUAGACAAUGACUGACGAAUAAUCAAAACGGUCUGUUUGUAUGUGAUACUGUAGUUUUUAAGUAUUUUUUUCAAUCUCAAAUCAACGUAAGGCCAAGUUUUGGACCGGCUCUUAUAACAAUGGCCUCUCUCUCUCUCUCUCUCUCUCUUUAUUAUUGUCGGGCACAUUGCUUCUGGCCAACAGGAAGAUGGACUUGGCCCUCAGCCAGGGUCACAACGUUUCCUCCCAUGAACUCUCACACUCACGUACAGUAGCAUUCUUAACAACAGCCUCUGGUCCGAAGGCUUUGAGCGUGAAUGACGGACACUGGAUGUUUGGGUCACACCUUAAUCAUUAGCGCUCAGGAUCAUGCUAGCCGUGCGAUGUCUGACCGUGUCUGACCGCCUUCAUAGAGCAUUUUAUCUGGUGUGGUACAGUCAGGCCGUGUGUGUGUUUUUUCCUGAUAUAAACUUAAGCUCUAGAUCAGACGUGCCUCUAAAAACAUCCGUCCCAUUUAUUAACCACGUUUCAUUAUUCGUCUGCAAGUAUUGUUGGCUUACUGAACAAAGCAGGCGCAAAGGUGGAGACAAUAGUGUUGUUUUCACCUUAGUGGAGUCAGUCGAGCAGAAUGAGACUUUGGACGGUGAUUGUAAGCACGUGGACAUAUUCUCGUCCUGGGUCGAUUUGAUUUUUAAAUCGUCCCAUUGUGUGACGAUGCGUCUGGGCACGCACAAUGUCUUGAAGGGAAUCUCACUUUACUGGAAACUGACAAAAACAUGCUGUUAAAAAGUAGACAGAGAAUUUUUGAGUAAAUUCAAGUAACAAAUGACUAACAAUGCAAUGCUGUGCAAAUCUGUGCUGCAGUGUUUUUCGUAAGCACUUCAUCUGUGUUAUUAAUGAUGGUAUAAUGACAUUUCGUUUGGUUAUAUUUUGAGUUCCUAAUCUUAAAUUUGGUCAUUUUUAGAAAUGUACAUAGGACCUUUUUUAAUAAUUUUCUUUUGCGGUUUUUAGAUUUUUACCUUGUUGACAUUCCAAUUUGUGUUUUGAUUUAUUUUUCUUAUGUAGAAACUGAGGAUUUUAUACAUUUAUGUUUGUUGUCACAUCUGAGUGUGUUUAACAAUCCAUGCUGGACAUGUAAACUGUAAUAAAAGAAAAA